GGACACGCAGAGACUGGGGCUGGAGGCUCAGAGCCGGAGUCUGUCUCAGGAAACACUCCGACGAAUCCCCCACAGAUCCACACCGGCUGUCUCCAUGUAGUCAGCUGCUUCUCCAACUCCUGCACAGUUCAGGGGAUGUGGGUUUCCUAUCUGUAACCCAGAGGCCAUGCUGACAGGGGGGCUGAUGGGAAAGUCUUACCUCCUGCAACACCCACCCGCUCCUCAGAGAUGUACCCAGGUGGAGUGAAAUGUGGAUAGCUGUGUGAGCCAGGGGAAUUCAACGUUUGAGCCAAGACAUCCUCGCACAGAGCCAAAAAGAAAUCUGUUCUACUUUACACAAAAUACACACACACACACACCCUCCCUCCCGAUCAGCCGCCACAAUGCUGAUGCCAGGACCACUGUGGGUGUGCCUGGCACUGAUAUGGGUGAGAAUGUGUGCUGCCCACAGCCUGUUUACCUGUGAGCCGAUCAGAGUGCAUCGGUGCCUGGGGGUACCUUACAACAUGACCUUCUUUCCCAAUAUGAUGGAGCACUAUGAUCAGGAUAUUGCAGCCAGCAAUAUGGAGCCUUUCAUGCCCCUGGCAAACCUACACUGCUCCCCAGAUGUCCACCACUUCCUAUGUCAAGCCUUUAUCCCAGCAUGCACUGAGGAGAAUAAAGUGAUCCGUCCUUGUCGAGAGCAAUGUGAGACAGUUCUGUCAGACUGCAAGGAGAAUAUCCGGAUCUUUGGCAUCACAUGGCCUCCUGAGCUACAGUGUGACAAAUUAGACUCAUGUAGUUCCGAUGAUGGUUCUACUCCUGCUGCAACCACUCCAGUGAUCUCCUCAUCAGCUAUGAGGGACCUGGGCUUCUGGUGCCCUCUGCAGUUAAAGACCAAGCCAGGCCAUGGAGCAUCGUUCCUGGGCGCCCAGGACUGUGCUCCGCCCUGCUCCAACAUGUACUUCAAACCUCACGACAUUGAGUUUGCGAAGAGCUUCAUCGGCGUGUGCUCCAUCAUCUGCCUGGGAGCGACUCUCUUCACAUUCCUCACUUUCCUCAUUGAUGUCAAACGUUUCCGCUACCCUGAGCGGCCCAUAAUCUUUUACGCCGUCUGCUACAGCUUCGUCUCGCUCAUAUACUUCAUCGGGUUCUUGCUGGGGAACAAAGCAGCCUGUACCGAGGCAGUGCAGCCUGCAGGCGUGGAUACAGUGGUGCUCGGCUCUCAGAGCAAAGGGUGCACUUUGCUUUUCAUGCUCCUCUACUUCUUCUCCAUCGCUGGUGUUGUCUGGUGGGUCAUCCUCACCAUCACCUGGUUCCUGGCAGCUGGACCCAAGUGGAGCUGCGAAGCCAUAGAGAAGAAAGCGGUGUGGUUUCACUCUGCCGCCUGGGGGAUCCCCGGGGCGCUAACUGUCAUGCUACUUGCCAUGAACAAGGUUGAGGGGGACAACAUCAGCGGGGUUUGUUUUGUGGGACUUUAUGACUUGGACGCCCUGCGCUACUUUGUCCUGGCUCCGCUGUCAGUUGGUGUCGUAGUCGGCCUCUUCCUCAUCCUGGCAGGCAUCGUCUCUCUCAACCACGUGCGACAGGUCAUUCAGCACGAUGAGCGUAACCAGGAGAAGCUGAAGAAGUUCAUGAUCCGCAUCGGUGUGUUCAGCUGCCUCUAUCUGGUCCCGCUGGUCACUCUGUUAGCCUGCUACACCUACGAGCAGAGUCAUCGCAGAGCCUGGGAGAAGACCUGGAUCAACGACCGCUGUCAGGAGUACAGCAUCCCAUGUUCCUACAAGACAACAGAGAACGACCGUCCUGACCUCUCUCUGUUUUUGGUAAAAUACUUGAUGACGCUGGUGGUUGGAAUAUCUGCAGUGUUCUGGGUCAGCAGCAAGAAGACAUGCUCUGAGUGGGCCUACUUCUUCAACAGAACCCGCAAGAGAGAUCCCAUCAGCGAGAGCCGCCGGGUGCUCCAGGAGUCCUGCGAGUUCUUCCUCAAGCACAACAGCCGAGUCCAGCACAAGAAGAAACACUACAAGCCCAGCUCCCACAGGCUCAAAGUCAUCUCCAAGUCCAUGGGCACAAGCACAGGCGCCGCUCCCACCAACGCCUCCACUCUCGCCAGCACCACCAGUAAAGGAACCUCUGCACUGGGCAACCAUGAUCCCCACAUGCAAGGUUCUCUGUCUGAGACCUCAGCCAGGGAGCACCUGGACAGGGGCACCUUGACCCGAAGCUCCAGAAGAGCGGAGACGGACAGAGAGAGGGAGCGGGGAGAGAGACGCAGCAAAGGGGAAGGUUCCAGCAAGUUCAGCAGCCACUCAGAGAACCUGCAUCCAGAUGGGAGGAUGAGUCCAAGGAGCGAGCGGUCAGAGGCCAGACAGGUUCCCAUUGGACUGCAACAUCCAGCGAUGAAAAAAUCACACAGCAGCAUCAUCCAGGACUCCACCCACCAGCUGGUGCACCAGGUGCCUGAGGAGAGCAAGGACACAAAGGAUAGCAGCUGCUGAGAUAUCCGAUCCAUCCAUUCACCUAUCCACCUAUAUACCUAUCCAUCCAUCCAUCCAUCCAUCCAUCCAUCCAUCCAUCUUUCCAUCCAUCCAUCCAUCCAUCCAUCCAUGAUACCAUUGAGAAAACAGUCACACAUGUUGCUGGUUGAUGUUACCUCUUUGUGCCGUAUUAUACAUCAUAUUAUUAUUGUAUUGGUUUCAUUAUUGUCAGUGAAUCUUCAUCACCAGCUAAAUGUAUCAUACCUUGAGUAUUUCAUAUGUGGUUCAGUGAGUUUUAGCAGAUAAUCUAAAGGUGUUAGAUGAAUUUAGUUUGGGUCACAAUACUGUCUUUCAGCUUUACUGAGCUUUUAGCCUGACACACACAGCAGCGCAGCUCUGUCCCAACUUUAAAACCACCAGUUUGAUUUUAAAGAGUGCAUCAGCUCUACUGUUUUGUUCAUUGAUAGCUCAGAAGCAUAUAAUGCAUACUAGUUAGCACAAGAAAUAUUUAUCUGCAUAUUUUUCUGAAAGUCUUUGACUGGACUAGUCGUUACACUGAGAGUUUUGUUAGAAUGAUGAUGACGCCAAACAUUGACCAUGAGGAGAGACUUCCUGUGGUUAACUCUUAUUGAAUGUCUUAUUGUGUUAAAGGUGAAACCUCAUUUUCGAAUACACAGUUUGCAACUUUUUUCUUCUUCAAAAAGAAGCAUACACUUAAACAUGAUUUUUUUUUUUAAGUUUUCUAAGAUGUUCUUUCAUUUUAUGUUUACCUCCAUUCUCCUAGAUAUUUUUGUUGAGUAAACACAGAUUCUGCCAAUUUUGGCCCCUGUAAGAGUUUCCAAGAUGUGAAUCUGGAUCAAGUAUUUGAGCUUUAUAGUUUUCUGAAAGAAUGUGCCUUCCUCUUCCUCAAAGAAUCUACAGAUGUUUUGCAUAUGUGAUGUCUACCUGUGUUUCUCGUUGUAGGUGUUAAGUCUUAUGAUCUUCAAGGAAAUUGAAGAGACAAAUCAAACAGGCUUUGCAAUAUUCUUUGUUUAGAAGCACAAACCACUACUUUUAAAGUAUGAAUAGUCAUAAGAAAUGAAUAUUUGAAAGGUUCUGGUUUUAUUUUUAUAACACAUGGGUCAAAGAUCAUACAGCACUCCUUCGAGAAGUGUGUUUUAUUAGAACAUGUGUUGUGCUGUAGUAUUUUUCCGUGUAAGGGAUCGAUUCUUCCCUCAGCUUUCUUUACCAUUUAUAUUUGGGAGUCAAGUGAUAGUUCCAGGAACACUUUUGAAAAGGGAAUCCUCGUCAGCCUAUUUCUACUGUAUAUUCUUACUCUGGCAUGUGGACUGGGGUCUUGCUUAUGAUAGUGGUGUAUAUAAAAUACUCUUCAACAGGGGGUUUUCAAAGUGAGAGAAUGAGAGCCUCAGACAAAGCUGGGAAAGAGGGGCCCCCCCACCCCAACUGAGUUUAGGUAGUUUUGCCCCAUUUCCUUUUUUCCGUGACUACAAAAUCCAUAAAUUCCCACUUAUAUUCCCUGAGCCUUCCUCCCACUUUGAAAACCUCUGUAAAUACAGUUCUGUGCGCUGUUUUUUUAUGUAGCCUGUCUUUUCAAUCCAAUUUUGUAUUUGUAAUUUCAUUUUGAUAAACAAUUGAAUAAUAAAAUAUUGAAUUUA